CACGCGUUCACGUGUCCCUUCCACGCAGCCCGGGUCAAUUUUUAUCACGAUUAUAUUUAAGAAUUUUCAAACGUUAGAGUAGAAUGAUUCAUAGAUCGCAUCGUUCAUCGUUUUAAUUGCUGUUACAGCAGAGUGUUUUUAUCCCGGAGAGGGAUGAAUACGUGGAAACGGCUUCUAAUCUCUUGGUCAUGCUUCAACGACUGGGAACCAGAUUCUGCAUAAUGAGAAAUGGUUCACCUGGUCCCGGUGAAAGCGACAGACGCCGCGAACCAUGGGCUCGGAAGCGUGGGAGCUGGAACGGAGGUACUCCGUGCCCGGAGCGUUGGACACGAGAGGUUUGGAACCUCCAGCCAGCGAGGACUUGCACGCCUGGUCCAUUUACAGACAAAAUCUGAAUUCUGACUUCACGGAUUCUGCGUUGGGUUCAGCGGAGAAGUCUCCUCUCCCGUACGGGAACUUCCAACUACGAGAUUCCACGGUGCAGAGCAUUCUCAGGCAUCCGAGAUACGGCCCCAAGAGUCCUCUCGCCAGCAAUUCAUAUACAUAUCUAAAAUUCGGUCUCCCCAGGGUCCUUCCCCCGAGUUCUAGGAACAGGGAUGGUUCCAGUGGGUACGAUUCCAGCGAAGAGGGUCGCAGGGUGUCUCACGCCGGUACUUCGGGUCACGGGACGUCCGCGAUGAGAUCUGCCAGAAGCGAUCCUGAUUUCAGACACGUUCACGCUGGUCCUCGAGAACACGCGCACUCCCAGUUAACAGUUUCGAGAGAGAAUCCUAGGCUGAGGAGUGCCAGCGAGGCGAAUCUCCUUCAGGGAGGUGUCAGAGGGAAUAGGAGACACAGUAUCGCACCAAUCGAUCCGGGUUAUGGGGUUCACGAACCCAGAGGACACGGUAUCCUCGGUCCAGAGAGCUACACUCUACCCCUGAGACCUGUCCCCUGCUUGCAGCAUCCCCAUCUACAGCUACGGGGAGUGGAAGCUUCGGGAUCUGACGGUCUACCUUUGUUAAGAGGGAUCACUUUAGAGGCUGGAGCGACGGAGGUGCUAGCUAUCAUGGCUACCACGGAGAGAGAGGGGAAACAAAUUGUAGAAACCAUCGCAGGAAGGAAGAGAAUCAAGCGAGGGGAUAUUUUACUCAAUGGAAGACCCGUGUCUUCCAGAUCUCUAAGGUCUCGCGUUGCCUAUCUGUCUACUGAAAGUAGCUUGAGCCCAGGACUGACUGCUCAACAAACUCUAAGCUUCUACAUGCUCCUCCGAGGAGGUCCGAACACUUCUAAAUUGGAAGCUGAUGCGAUUCUUCAGGAACUCGGAUUAGAAGCGACGAAGCACUGUCUGGUGAAUUCGCUGACGACUUCCGAAGCGAAGAGAUUGUCCCUGGCGUGUCGCCUGUUGCAAGAUUCGCACAUCCUCGCAUUAGACAGGCCCACCCACGGCCUGGACAUCUUCGAUGCUUUCUUCUUGGUGGAAUACUUGAGGCAAUGGGCGGGCAGGGGUCAGAGAUUGGUUGUAUUAACUUUACAUCCGCCGACGUAUGAAAUUCUCACGAUGGUGUCCAGGGUGGCUCUCACUUCUGGUGGAAGGAUCAUGUAUUCCGGGCCUAGGAGGGACAUGCUGCCAUACUUCGCCCUUGCGGAAUUCCCUUGCCCUCCGUUCAAGAAUCCUUCCGACUAUUAUCUCGAUUUAGUAACGCUGGACGAUCUCUCCGCGGAAGCGAUGUUGGAGUCUUCCCAAAGGAUAGAUCACUUGGCCGAAUUAGCGAGAACAAGGCUGCCGCCCCUCAGCGAUCCCGGACCCCCGGGGAUGCUUCCUCCUUCUAUCUCUACCCCGAACGUCUUCACGCAAGUCUAUGCAUUACUUCUGAGGACUCUGAUCUACAGUCAGCCGUGGACGCUGACCAAGCUGCUCAGGAAAAUCAUGAUCUCCGCCUCAUUGAGUAUUUUAUUGGGUGCAAUAUUCUGGGACGUAGCCGGUGACUCGAAUCUACAUCUCAGAGACAGGAUCGGGUUCCACUACGCCAGCCUGGGGAUCUUCUUCUGGCCUCUGAGUCUGAUAGCUAUCUGCGAAGUCGCCGACUGCAGGCCGCACGUUGAGAAAGAUAUCAAGGAUGGAUUGUAUGGGAGAUUCGUGUAUAUUUUAAUCGAGCUCGUUUCUGGAGGGAUAUCAUGGUGCGCGGUGUAUCUCAUCUAUCUGGCCCCAGGGUAUGCCAUGUCUGGGCUUCAUUUAAUUCCUGACGAGAAUCUCACUUCCUUGUGGAACUAUCUUGCAACUGGUUUAUUGUAUUUGAUACUGCAGCAUUUGAUUUGUCUGCUCUUCGCUCAUACUUGCAAAUGGACGUAUCUGGCUUCCCUGUUCGCUGGGAUAGUCAUCGGCGAGAUGACACUAGCCGGAGGCGUGACUUUGCAUCUGGAGAAUCUUCCAGGAUGGUACCAAAAGAUCAGCCCGAUGCAGUGGACACUGUCUUUGCUACUGCCUCCUCUUCAUCAGUCGGAAGUAAUGAACAAAUUAACCAAUUGUAAGCCGAAACAGAUUCAGAGGCAGGAUAUUAUAGUUCAAGCUACGUGCGAGCCGCCCGACGGGGGUUUGGCAAUGUACGAAAUCGCGUUGGAUAAGUUUAGCGUGAGGGGAGAACUGUGGCUAGGCAUUGGGAUAGCUAUUGUUAGUUUUUUGAUUGUACUAGUGUUCCUGUGCAUUUGGUACACCACUCCCAAGAGACUGAGGAGUGCGCCGAACAAGCCAUAAAGUGGAACAACUCAACGACUGAACUGGCUUGAUAUCUUUACUUUGUUAAUGUAAAAGCGUAUCAGAGUAUUCCUUCAAAUGUUCCAAGUACAAUGAUAAGGGAACAUAGUUAAUCGUUUAACGACGCUCGCAGCCCUUUGUCUACGUUAUUGCGACUUUUUGAAGCGACGGACUUCAGAAACUCGCAGAGUAGACUUUGGGAACAAAGUUCCAAGGUCUGCCGAGUAGGUACACUUUAAACUAAUUUGUACUUCGUGUUCUAUCGAUACUGUAAUCGAACGAAGUGUCCUUAUAAAAUAAA